AUGAAUUUGAACUUUGUUAACAGGAUCAGGUUUUUAACUAUAUUUGCUUUGAAGAAACAGCAGGAUUUGAGGAAACAGCCUCUACAAAUAUCCAUGAGGAACCACAGCACCAUCACCGAGUUCAUCCUCACUGGGCUGUCAGACGACCCCUACAUCCAGGCUCUGCUCUUUGUGCUCUUCCUGGUGAUUUACCUCCUGACCAUGAUGGGGAACCUGACGAUGCUGCUGCUGAUCAGGGCUGACUCCCACCUCCACACGCCCAUGUACUUCUUCUUGAGUAAUCUAUCAUUCCUAGACCUCUGCUUCUCUUGUGUCACUCUGCCCAAGCUCCUGAAGGACCUCCUGUUUGAGAGGAAGACCAUCUCCAUAGAGGGCUGCCUGACUCAGGUCUUCUUUGUGUUUUUCUCUUCAGGAACUGAAGCCUGUCUACUCUCAGUGAUGGCCUAUGACUGCUAUGCUGCAAUCUGCCACCCCCUGCACUAUGGCCAGGUGAUGAGCACCCAGCUCUGUGUGAGGCUGGUGUUGAUCUCAUGGGGCCUGGCCUGUCUCAAUGAAUUUGUCAUUGUGCUCCUGGCUAUUAGCCUGGAUUUCUGUGAUGCCCAAACCAUCCACCACUACACCUGUGAGCUGCCUGCCCUCUUCCCCCUGUCUUGUUCUGAUAUCUCUGUUACCAAUAUCCUACUCUGCUCCAGCCUAUUGCAUGGGCUUGGAACCUUCAUCCCAAUCUAA